UCAGAUCUAUAUAAUCUAAUCUGAUCCGCCGUUUGGGCUCAACAUCUGAGCAAUUAUUCAACUUGGCAAUACAACUACUUCGUAAUUAAGCUCGAGGCUUUAACACAGUCGUUCGGCUACAAUGGCUGAGGACAACAACAGGGAAAUGGCCAUGGGUGCAGUCGCUCCAUCAGCUUCUACCCCAGACGAUCCAUUUCUAGUCAAUUUCUCUACUGGGUUUGAAUAUGUGAACCCAAAAGACUGGCCUUCACGCAAAAAGUGGAUCAUGACCAGCGUUCUGUCCGUGACAGGCUUCAACCGGAUCAUGGUCUCAACCAUCAUGGCUCCGGCCCUUUCCACCAUCGCUCAGGAGCUACAUAUGAGCGGCACCGAAGCCAUAAUGGCAAUGUCGGUCUACCUGCUCGCCACAGCCUUCGGCCCAUUAGUGAUUGGUCCACUCUCAGAAGUCUACGGCCGAAAACCAGUACUGCACGCCACAAAUAUCUGGUUCCUCGUGUGGAAUAUUGUCUGCGGGUUCUCCCGCAACAGAGCGGAGCUUUUGGCAGCUCGAUUACUGGCUGGCUUUGGUGCAAGCGCAAUCUACGCUCUCGGCGGAGGUGUCCUGGGUGAUGUGUGGCGUCCUGAGCAGCGUGGCAGAUCUCUUGGACUCUACUUGCUCAUCCCGUUGCUCGGUGCUACCGUAGGGCCUAUCCUGGGCGGCUUCAUCGUCGAGGGGACGACGUGGCGCUGGAUCUUCUGGUCAACUUCGAUCUUGCAAGGCGUCAUGAUCGUUGGCUCCAUUCCAUUGUUUUCCGAGACACACGCCCCUACCAUUCUUCGGAAGAAAGCAGAGCAUUUGAGAAAGAUCACUGGGGAUCCAAGAUACUUCACCGAAGAGGAUGUACUCGCCCUGGGUAGGUCAAUAUCUUGGGUUUUGAUGCGAAGUCUGUCCCGACCCAUGCGUCUUCUUUUAUUCCAUCCUAUCGUCCAAGUUCAGGCCUGCUUGUCUGCUUUCAGCUACGGCAUCUUAUAUCUUGUUCUCUCGACAUUUUCAGACCUCUAUGUCAAGCAAUACCAGGAGUCGACAUCCAUCAGUGGCCUCCACUAUAUCGCCAUCUGUCUCGGCGAGGUAGCAGGUGGUCAAAUCGCUAGGCCGUUAAUGGAUUUUGUCUUCAAUAAAAUGACACGCCGGGCUGAUGGUGUUUCCAAACCGGAGUUCCACGUCCCCCUCAUGCUCCCAGGAGCCAUCCUCACACCGAUCGGUCUCUUUAUUUACGGCUGGGCGGCUCAACGGCACCUGCAGUGGGUCAUUGUCGACAUUGGUGCAGCGCUGCUUUGCUUCGGGAUGCAAAUGGGUGGUCAAGCAAUGCAGGCCUAUGUCAUUGACACUUAUCCCAAUCACACCAGUUCCGCGUCAGCGGCUUCUCAAUUCCUGCGCAGCAUGACGGCUUUUGGUUUCCCAUUGUUUGCACCGACUAUGUAUGCGGCUCUGGGAUAUGGAUGGGGAAAUAGCUUGUUGGCUUUCUGCGCGAUUGGCAUUGGGAUUCCGGCGCCGUUGUUUAUUUGGCUAUAUGGCCCAAAGUUGCGAGCGAGAGCGCCGUCCAGCUACUGAUGGCUCGGGCUGACGAUUAGGUUUCGAUACACGGAUUCGGAGACUCGCUGCUCUAGCAAGGUUUUGGCUUUCAUAUUCGGGGAUUGCUUUUCUUAUAUUCGAGGACGAACGUUCAUGCUCUGUCAUGGACCAGGACAUGUUCAAUUAAUUAGAGCCUGUAGCCGCAACCGCAGUUAGGGCUAA